UUGUAUUUAGAGUUAUCUUUUCCUGAUAAGUGCAGACUGCUUCCUGUGAUGGCGGUAACGCUCCGUGUUUCUGUCAGAAGUGUACAUGGUGGAAUUUAAGAAGUUAGUGACAACAGCGCUUCAGUCAUGAAUAUUCAAGAACUGAAACUAUCGUUCCCCUACGAUUUCUUGAACACUUAAUCAAGACUCGUUAUGAUUCAAAGUCGCAAUAUUUCACUGCAAGCACGGGGGCAAAGGGAGAAUCCAUUAAUUUGAAUCGGACAACGACACCGAUUUCAGUGAUAGUCACGUCUGAGUUUGAAAACGUCAGUGUAUCGAUAACCAGAGACAUAUUUCAGUGUCAACAUGGCAUCUUACGCUGUGCAUUUAAAGAAUGGGAAGAAUCAAAUAAAAAAUUAAAAACAAAAACAAAUGUUGAACAUCUGUCAGAUUCACCUACGUUUGAAGUUAAAAAGUGCCAUGUGGUUCUUCAUGAUGUACUUGACAACACAUCAAAGAAACAGUUAGAUCAGUCUAGCAGCUGUCACAUAACACCCAGAAGAAAAAAUGUCAAGAAGGAACUUUCUCAACUGAUAAGAAACAAACAUGUGAAAGGGUUAAAGUCAAGGAAAAGGGGAUCAGAAACCAGAUGUACAGGGCCUGCAAUUAAGAAAGACAAAGUAUCACCUACAUUGAAAACAAGACAGGUGAAUGUUGAACAGAAAAUUUUAACACCCAAAGUCAGAAAUUAUGCAACAAGAAACAAACAGCUCUCCACAACAAGCAAAGAAGACAUGAGUGCUGAUGAAUGUGAAAAACAACAUUUAAUGAAAAGCAUAAAUCUUCGUCCAAGCAGAAAUAUAGUAGAUUGGUCAUCUUUAGUUGAAAGUGAAAGUGAUUCUCAUGAUGUCUGUGAUGAUCCAGGAGAGGUUAGUCCAGAUACUUCUCCAUUAAACCUGGAUGUAAACAACACGUCUGCACCAAGGGACCCUGAUAAGUUGCCCGGGGGACAGGAUGAGGUUCAGAUGCCAGUCCUUCCAAUUAUUAUCACUGUAUCCCCAUCAGAUGUUCCACUCAUGCAAUCUAAAUCCCAUCUUUCUCAAGCACCAGUGAAAACAUCCACUGCACAAACUGGUCUGAUUCCUCAACCAACUUCAGCAAAGCUGGCCCCAAGCAUUCCACAGAAGACCUUUCCAUCACCAACAGUUGGGAACCCACCAGAUCAUCCACAAUCAGCAACACCUUCUGCAUCAACACCAGCAAAGACUGUGCUAACUCCAUCAACACCAACAACAUGUCUUUCUGAUACAAUCCUAAAGACAACUCUGCUUUCAACACCAUUAAAGCCGCUACUCUCUCAGCCAAAUGAAACUGAGGUACUUCUUGAGACACCGACUUCAAUGCAUCCACCACUCCAGGCAACCCCAGCACAGACGCUUCAUCCUCUGGAUAACAAUGGCAGUGCACAACUCUCUCAACCUGACCAAGACAAUACAAGUCUUCCUCCACCUUCCCGAAAAAAACAACCUCUUCUUCAAGGAAAGAAAUACAAGACAAUUCUCCCUAAAAUGGGAAAGAACAUAGCAAAAGCCAUUAAACCAAUAGACAGAAAGGUUAACACAAAGGUUCAGACAAACUUGCUGGACCCUCACAUGUCUAUGUCUAAGGUAUUUCCAGUACAAGUUGUUCCAGGAGAAAUUCAGGUGACUGAAGGUCAAGAAGGGCAGUUAACUCUCACAGCCCAAAGUGAAACUAAAUCUGAUACAUUCGAAAGCGUGGAAGACACAAAAGUGUCAUUUUAUACCAAUAUUUCCAAGGGUAUUGAAAAGAAGCCACUUAAUUAUCCCAAAGAGUUCAAACCCGUCAUGAUGCAAGAUGACAUCUCUAUUCCCAUCGUCAUCAUUAUUAAAGAGGUAAAGAAAAAAGCUUCGAAAGGAAGAAAACCGGUAACAGUACAGGAAAAAGUAGAACUUGUGUCAGAACUUCAAGAUACAUCAGAAACUGUUUAUUCAGCUAAUGUAUCUGACGAGACGAACAGCUCCAGAGGAGCUAUUGAACAUGGUUCUCUGAAGGAGAAAAUGACAUCAGACACACUGAAAACAUUCAUCCUCUUCCUCCCGGGUGACAUUUCAUCUGAAGACUCAACCGAAGAUUAUUCUGAUGAGACAGAAUUACAAAAACGUUCAAGAUUGUCAGUGGUGUACACACACAGUGCUAAUAUGACAGACCUGAACUCCAGCCUGUACACCAGACUAGGUGUCGGAAACGUCAUUCCUGGGAUAGACUUUCUUAUCACCUCCUCUGUGUUACUGAAGACUGUUUCUGAUGAGUGGUACUACAUUCAAGGUGGAGUGGAUGGUGUUGAGGGAACUGUUUUACUUGGGCCCUUUGCACUAAUCUUUCAUCCAGUACCAUACCUAAACUUCAUCAAGGUGACUGAGCCAGCUACAAGAGUACCUCGACACAUCUAUGAGAGACAGAGAAAGAGGUGGCUGGAGAAACAUGACAGGAGGCGCUUUUCCCGCCCAAGAGGUGGUGCUCUUGCUGACCAAAACCUUGUCAGUAAGGAUCAUGACUACUUCACUAACCAGUCAGACAGGAGACAGAAGAUGGAAACAACAGAAGCAGGUUCUGAAAAGGUGAAUGGUGGUCCAAGGGAGAUAACUCCACACCAAGGAUCAGUUGCAGACAUCACUUCAAAAGACGAGGAGGUGGUCAUUGUGUCUGUGCGAGGUGUAGACCCAUUUGUGGUCAAGGAAGUUGCAGAUUCAGCUGCUGUGGCGGAACAGGAGGAUGAAGACCUGUAUACAUACAAUGAAGACACCGAGCUGCAGAUCCCAGUUGUUGGUAGCUUAGUUGAGGCCUUGGGAAAUAAAGAGAAAAAGAAAGUUGUACCUCAAGUUGCAGACAGCAUCUACGAGGAUGUUCCCUUUGAUGAAGUGCCUGCUGUUGUUGCCGAGUCUACACUAGCAUCUGUUGGUGUACAAAUAAACUACCGGCUGCUAGGAAAACAGGGUAUUGACCUGUCCACACAGAAACAGACUCCAGUUGUUGAGAAUGAUGACUCGCAUCACUUACCCAUGAGAUUCACCUGCAGAUACUGCCUGAAAUCUGUAUAUGACAAUUUCCGACUUGCUGAGCACAUCCGCACAUGUCAUCAAGAUAGACCUGGAUUUAUAGAAUAUGCACGUCAAGUCAAGUUCAAGGAAGGCUUCCGUUGCCAAUACUGUGACAAGGCUCCUGUGUUCCACAGUCACGAUAGCAUUCGCAACCACCUCCGGGUCCAUCAUCCCGAUAAAGUCUCCAUUCCAGAACCAUUUGUUUCAAGAAGGACUUGUCAAACAUGCAAAAAGGUGUUCAGCACAAGAACAGUUUUGAUGACACACAUAAGACGAAUGCAUGAACAUAAACGUCUGCUUUGUGACAAAUGUCCAGCCAUCUUUAAAAGUGAACAAGGACUCCGAGAUCAUAUGAAUGGCAUGCACGACAACAUAAGGAACUAUAUUUGCCACAUUUGUGGAAGUGCUUAUGUCAUUAAUGAUUAUUUAAGAAAACACAUCAGACGUGUUCACAACAAAUCACAGAAAUCUGACAAAACCAAGGACACAGCCAAACCAGAAAAGAAAAAACCAAAACCAAGAGGGGAGACGAAGAAAUGCCCCCUAUGCAAAUACAGCUUUGAUUCCCUCAACAUGAAAAAACAUCUCAAACAGAUUCAUGGAGAGACCAAAUCAGUUGAGAAGAGAUGUCCAGACUGUCCUGAAACAUUUCCUAGUCGCUGCUUGCUAGAAUAUCAUCGCAGCACCACUCAUGACUAUGCAUACCAGUUAAACUGUCCCUUCUGUGGAAUUGCCUAUGUACAGUCUAAGGCAAUGCAAGAUCAUGUAUUGUCCGUUCAUUUAGACAUAAAGCUCCAUCAGUGUGCCAUGUGUGAUAAGAUCUUUCCACGGCCAAGUCCACUGAUAGAGCACAUGCUGACUGAGCAUAAGGGAAAAAGCAUCCUUGAAGAGAACCGGAAGCUGAGGUGUCCACACUGCUCAGACAUUUUCAGGACCCACAAGGACCUAGUGGAGCAUGUUCUGUCACCCAGUCAUCAUGAGAUGUUUCCACACAGGUGCCCUACAUGUUCCAAGAGGUUCAUGCAUGAGACUGUACUGAACCAUCACAUCAGUAUCUUACACUCCAAUGAUGCAGAGUUUGAGAUCCGAUGCAACUCGGACAAAGACAAGUUUGUUCAGAUGGUGGUUAAGGAGGAUGUUCAACACCUUGGGGAACUUCCACCCAAGGCUCAGGAAGCUUUGAAGAGGCUGCAGAAUGAGGGGAAGCAUGUGAUGAUCGUGGCCAAGAGAGUUGUCCAGAAGGAUCAAGGCAGCUUCCAACAGACUCAUGACAAACACCAGACAGUACCAGAGACUGAUAUCAACCCUACUGGGAAAAAUGAAGAGUUUACUCAAACCGCUUCUCAAACGGUGCAGGCAGUGACAAGCAGUGCAGGUUUCCCAUCUGAUGUAGAUAGUGCUACACCAAAGGUGCAGCUGGUGAGUAGCAGUGCAGGUUUCCCAUCUGAUGUAGAUAGUGCUUCACCAAAGGUGCAGCUGGUGACUAGCAAUGCAAGUUCUCAAACUGAUGUUAACUAUACUGGUGUGAUUAAAAAAUCCGACAUUAAGUCUCUGAAGAAGAACAAAAUUGCAGCCAUAUCUGGAGAAACAACAAAUGCUGUGUCUGUUAUUCAGCACCAGAUGUUAGAGGAGGAGGGGGCGAUUGUGGUGAUGGAGGAGACUGGAAGGCUUGAAGGUGGUGGGAGUGUUGAGGACAGAAGGGAGUAUAGUUACACACUGACACAAGACCCUGGAAGGCAAGAUGGGAGUGAGAGUGGUCUGGAGAAGUAUGUAGUAGAAGAAGACUCUGGCAAAAAAGAAGAGAGGGUUGUUGAGGAAUGUGUGGCAGCAGAACACAUUGCGAGACAAAACCAGAGCGUUCCGGAGAAGCAUAUUUUUACACUGGACACAGGGACACUAGAGGAACCACAGGAGAUCUAUGUUAUACAGGAAGAUGGUAGAAUGCUGAAGGUGAAUGACAGUGUUCUUGGGGCACAGUUUAUGGUAACUGAGGACAUUGGAAGUACGGGUGAAAGGGAACACAUGGAAGCUGAAAGGAUGCAGGCAUCUGAUACACUCCUGGAGGAGAGAUACGUGGUCGGGAAAGACAUUGGGCAGCAAGUUGAAGGUGGCAACAUUGUAGUGGAAAGAAUAGAGAACUACAUGGUGGCCGAUAACAUGGGUAGCACGGAGCCUCAUUAUCUGGUCGCAGAACAGAUUGGAAGGUUGGAUGAGGAUGGGAAUAUUAUUGAGGACAAUGUGGUGUUUCAGGAGGAAGAGCCUGUCUCUGAUCUUAUGUACUUUUUCCAAAACCAGUAAUAAUAUCUUUCAUUGCCAGCUUUGUGGAUCUGAUGAGCCUAUCAUGCUGGGAAAAUGAAAUGGAACUGAAUAUAACAACAGAUCAUUUGCUGUUAUGUUUUCCAAAGGGAAAAGGCACAGUGGGGUAGACUCAGUGGGUAACAUGUUCCCUCGUCACACCAAAGACACGGGUUCCACUCCACUCACUCAUGUCUUGGUCACAUGCCUUGGUAGAUAUACCGAUUGCAGAAGUUGGUUUCUGAAUAUUUACCCCACAAGUCAGGAAAUGUUUCACAUUUUCAAGGUUGUUUCUUUCUUCCUCCACUUUGGUCCAU